UUCUCUACCUUGAAUCACAAGAAACAUAGGACUAAAAACAUUUUCCAAGAAACAAGAAAACAUGGACCCACGAGUCUUGCCCUUCUCCGUUCUCGCCAUCCUCAUCGCAGCCACGACUUUAGCCAACGGCUACUCCCCUCCUCCUCCUCCUACUCCUCCAACCACCGCAUACCCCGCCGCGAAAACGGUAGAAGCUGCAGUGGAAGGAAUGGUGUACUGCCAAUCCUGCGACAAGUACGGAUCAUGGUCCUUGGCCGGAGCAGAAGCCAUAGCCGGAGCCAAGAUCAGCGUCAUCUGCAAGAACCACAGGCAGCAAGUGAGCUUCUACAAAGUCUUCCAAACCGACUCCUACGGUCACUUCUACGGCGAGCUCAAAGGCCUUAAAAUGAGUCAGCAUUUCUUGGACCAUCCUCUCCACGCUUGCCGUGCCAAGCUCGUCUCCUCUCCACGCGAGGAUUGCAAUCUCUUCUCCAACAUUAACAAUGCUUUGGACGGUGCUUCGCUUAGGUAUGAGGAGAAGAGGGUAAAGUGGAAGAACUAUGAGGCUGUGGUUUACGCCGCUGGUCCGUUGGCUUUCCGUCCUGACCAUUGUCCCGAGAGUACUGCACCAGCACCUACUUACUGAUGAUUCGUGUUUUGGUGUUGAGAGAUUGAUGAUAUAUACUAAUUUUAUAUAAUGUUUUUGAGUUGGUUCUUCCUUUUUUUUUUAUAUGGUUUGUCAAUUGUUUUGUAAGAUGAGUUACGUGUUGAGUAUGGGACUCUUGUGACUCGUUAUUAUCGACCUUCCUCAGUUUAAUAUAAUGUAUAAUCAUUAGCCAUA